AUGGCGCCCCAAUUUGAGCCUAUGAAGAAUGACUUAAUCUUACGCACAGCGAGAGGCGAAAAGGUCGAGCGCCCGCCAAUAUGGGUAAUGCGGCAAGCCGGGCGCUAUCUCCCCGAGUACCACAAGGAAAAGGGCACCAACGAUUUUUUUGAAUGCUGCCGCAGCCCCGAAAUCGCGUCGAAUCUCACCCUCCAGCCGAUUGAGCGCUACGCGGGCCUCAUUGACGCUGCCAUCAUCUUCUCCGAUAUCCUCGUCAUUCCUCAGGCUAUGGGCAUGGAGGUGAUAAUGGUGGACAAGAAGGGACCCCACUUCCCGGAACCACUACAAACUCCGGAUGAUAAACAGUACAAGGAAGUGCUUGAGAGAGAGGUGGAUGUUGCGGAAUCACUCGACUAUGUUUACAAGGCCAUUACUCUCACAAGACAAAAGCUGGCGGGAAGGGUACCGCUGAUUGGCUUCUGCGGUGCGCCUUGGACCCUGCUGUGCUACAUGGUUGAAGGUGGAGGUAGCAAGAUGUUUAUCCAGACCAAAACAUGGAUCUACAAGUACCCAGAGGAGAGCAAGGCGCUGCUACAAAAGAUUGCAGAGCUUUGUGUCGAGUAUCUUGCUCUGCAGGUACAAGCUGGAGCUCAGAUGAUCCAAGUCUUUGAUUCAUGGGCCGGCGAGCUAUCCCCGUCGUCAUUUAAGACAUUCGCUCUUCCAUACCUCAAUUACAUUGCUGACAAUCUCCCGGAGCGUCUCCGGUCCAAAGGGCUGGAGCCCGUCCCGAUGACCGUGUUUGCCAAAGGAGCGUGGUAUGCCUUGGCGGACCUCUGCGAGACAAAGUACAACACGAUCGGACUGGACUGGCUCCAUGCACCGGCAGAGGCAUACAAGGUAGCGCAGGCAAAGGGCAAGGUGCUACAGGGAAAUGCGGACCCCGGUGUCUUGUAUGGUAGCAGGGAAUCCAUCACAAAGGUAGUCGAGGAGAUGGUGGCUGGCUUCGGCGGCGGCAAGCAGGGAUGGAUUGCCAACCUUGGUCACGGCAUCACCCCGUUUGUCAAGCCGGAUGAUCUUAAGUUCUACUUUGAAGAGAUCCACCGACUGACAAAGGCUUAA